UAUUCCUCUGUUCUGUUACAGGUUUUGGGAUUUGAAGUUGAUACGGUGAACUCUGUCCAGUUUUCAAAUCACACAGGUUAUGCCCACUGGAAGGGUCAGGUGUUAAAUUCAGAUGAACUUCAUGAACUGUAUGAAGGACUUAAGCUGAACAAGGUCAACCAGUAUGAUUAUGUACUCACAGGGUAUACAAGAGACACAUCGUUUCUUGCAAUGGUGGUGGAUAUUGUCCAGGAGUUGAAACAACAGAAUUCUAACCUAGUAUAUGUAUGUGAUCCAGUGAUGGGUGACAAAUGGAAUGGAGAAGGCUCUAUGUACGUGCCCGAGGAUCUCCUCCCAGUCUACAGGGACAAAGUUGUACCUGUUGCUGAUAUAAUUACUCCUAACCAGUUUGAAGCUGAGUUACUCACCGGCAGGAAGAUUCACACAGAAAAAGAAGCUUUAGAGGUAAUGGAUAUGCUCCAUGCCAUGGGACCAGAGACUGUGGUGAUCACAAGCUCAGAUCUACAGGCACCUCUAGGAAAUGACUACCUGAUUGCUCUGGGAAGCCACAGAAAAACUAAAGCAGAUGGUACCAAGAUGACACAAAGAAUUCGAGUGGAGUCUCCUAAAGUGGAUGCUGUCUUUGUUGGAACAGGAGACUUGUUCGCUGCUAUGCUUUUGGCAUGGACACAUAAGCAUCCAAACAAUUUGAAGGUAGCAUGUGAAAAGACUGUGUCAGCCAUGCAACAUGUUCUGCAAAGGACCAUUAGGAGUGCCAAAGCACAAGCUGGAGAAGGAAACAAGCCAAACUCAGCCCAGCUGGAACUGAGAAUGGUCCAAAGCAGAAAGGACAUAGAAAACCCAGAGAUCAUAGUGAAAGCCACUGUGUUAUAAAGGCUGUACGUCUCCAAUAACGCACAAUGUAUUGAUGUCCUCAUUUCUUUCCUGUAAAUUGUAAUAUUUGCCUUAGAUCUGUGACAGAAACCUGACUUUCAUGAAAUAGUGCCCAGCAUAGGCAGAUACCCACUCUCAAACAUAUGUGCUGGCCUUGCUCAGUUUUAAAAACAAAACAGUGUGCAUUGAAGCAUAUUACCAGGUAUCAAAAUGGCUGUCAAAUUCACUUAGUCUGUGUAACUAUCCAGGGCAAGAGAGUACAAUGUUCCUGCCUUGCCAAAGACUUCAGAUGUGAAUUUGCUAAUGGAAUACUUGACUGACUGGAAAAUACAUUUCAAGAUGGCAUGUAGUGCCAGUGGAGCUGGUUCCAUGCUCCCGAAUUCAGUUGAUGAGCUUUAUUUGUCUCAGAUGGCACAGGGAGAAUAAAAUUGCAUUUCUACUUGCAGUGACAUGAAGCAGAUUUGCAUUAGAGGAAAGGGCUGAGAUUUCUUGAUUACCUGAGUAUGUUCAGGUACGGGUAUCUCCCAGAUACCUUUCCUGCAUCUUCCUCAUCACACCUGCCUAACUGAUAGUGUCACUUGCAUAGCUUGGGAGUCCCCAGAAGAGCUGGUUUGGAGAUUGCUUUUGCCACUGAAGUCUUCACUUGUCCCACCAUUUUUGUGGAUGUUCGCCAUUGUAAAAGUUAAUUGGUUUCACCUAGGGGAAGAGUAAUUUAUCCUUAAAGUGAAUUUUUAGCUGAGUAGAUUUUUUUUUAAUAGAGUAAGAUUUCAUAAUUAAUACAUUUCUGAAAUCCUUCAUUUUCAGUAUUGCUGAAGCAAAUGAAACGUAAAAGUUGAACACAUUUUGUGGAAAAUGUAAGAGGCAAACUUCAGGCUUUCACUCUCAACAACUAAUAAUAAUUUUAUUUCCUCUCGUGCAUUUGGCAUUAAAAGUGAAAAAAAAAUAUUCAUAUGCCUUGAGAAUUUUAAGGGGAAAAAAAACCCAAACCAGAAAUGACCUACAAAAUGUGACUCUGCUGCCACAGUUUUUAGUAACCACUGCCAUGAAAUAACUUUCUAGCAAUAUUACUUUUGGUGAUGUGAACGGUUGCUAAAAUUAGCAGUCAGUAAUAGAGAUGAGUUCAUGGCUGAUAUCCAACGUGUAGAAAGACAUGAACUAUCUUAACAGUGUGUAUAAAUAUCUGGUGGGAAGCAGUGAAGAAGGAGGAGAUGGGCUUUUCUCAGUGGUGCCCAAGGAAGUUGUAACAGGCA